AUGACUCUUAAAACCCACCCCUACCCCCCAAUUCCUAGCGGUACUAUCUCAAAGUCUUCGAAGUUCUAUUUCCAUAAACCUAAAUGGUAUCCCCUUUCUGCCCACCCGCCGGUGGAGGUUUGCUUGGAUAGUAGCCUGCAUUCGGACGCUCGAACCACUCGACAUGAGCCAGAGGAUUUGGGGCGAACAACCUCCGCCGAUCCUUACUCCCAAGCCUUCGACUCUGAGAACACUUUGCUGGGGCAAGUCCUACUAGGCGCCGAGAAUAUUGAUCCUGCCAUAAUAAAUAAUAUUAUCUUCCCGGAUAUUGAGCACAUCCAAGCAAGUCAGGAUCCUGCUGUCAUAGAUGGAUAUCUGUCACAGAGCCCUCGCUUUCCCAUUACAGGUGCGCCCUUUCAGUCAAGCCAGCAUGGUGCAGAGGACAUGGUGAUGCUUGAUCUCCAGUACCCAAGAGUGGCGAAGCUUUCAAUCAGGCACUAA